AUGAAACAUUCACGUGGUAUGUUGAUCUAUGGACCACCUGGGACUGGAAAGACAUUAAUUGCACGAACGAUAUGUGAAAUAUUGGGUGUGAAACCAAAAAUAGUGAAUGGUCCGGAAGUAUUCAGCAGUAUGUCGGGAGAAUCCGAAGCAAAAAUAAGAGAGUUAUUUCGCGAAGCAGAAAUAGACGAACAAAGUUUUGGAACAAAUAGCAAUCUUCAUAUUAUUAUUUUCGACGAGAUUGAUGCGCUGUGCAAGCGACGAUCAACAGUUGAUAGCGGUACACGAGAUGCAGUUCAGGAUAGCAUUACCACACAAUUAUUAACUAAGAUUGAUGGUGUCAGUCAGCUUAAUAACUUUUUAAUCAUUGGCACAACAAAUAUGAAAGAUUCAAUUGAACCGGCUCUCACAAGACCUGGUCGAUUAGAACAAAUGAUUGAAAUCGAUCUGCCUGAUAGUGAAGGUCGUUUGAAAAUAUACGAUAUCUACACGAUAUUAAUGCUUCAAAAUGGAAUUUUAGACGAUGAUAUUGAAAUUGACAGAAUUAUUUCAGAAACUAAUGGUUUGACCGGUGCACAUAUUGAACAAGUUGUGCGUACAGCAACUAAUAAUGCUAUUCGACAAGAUAUUUUAGCACGUGGGACUUUCGAAAUAGACGAAUAUUCGGCACAAGAAUUACGUGUUAAAAAUAUAGAUUUUAUAAAUGCAUUGGUAACACUUCAAACACUACCAGAAGGCUUUUACAAAAAUCAUCUUGAAAACUAA